UAGCAAAGCAUUACCACUCCGAGGCAAUCACCAAGGCGUUGGAUCACUCCGAGGCAACCACCAAGACAUUGUCGACCGGCGCAAGUGCUGACCGGCAGGUGCAACCCACUGAGGAAGACUCUAUGGAGGCUCUAGCUUCUUACGCACUUCCAUUGGACAAAUCCUAUUCAGCCAAGGAUUAA